AUUUUUGUAACGUUAAGACGACAGAUUCUCACCCACGGUUACGCGCGAUCGUAGGCAAGCUUGGGCAAGAGCGUCGGCCAUUGCUAUAUAUAUGUUACUGCCGCCGUAUACUUGAGCACCUUUGACGUUAUCAAAUCAAUAUCUCCUACUACAAAUAACAAUCUUGUAAUCCAUCUAUUCCUCACGAUAGCGGCUGAUAAUCGAAAAAUUCGCUUUCUCAAUCGACCUAGUGUAGGAAUCCGGAUCGCAUGAUGGAGCUUCGACGUUUCACAAGUCACGUAUUUUCAAAUAUAUCUGACCAUAUGUGGCAAUAAUUAUUCGCCCUAUGCUUAGAAUUGUCACUCUUCUUAAUCGUGACGCGAGGUUUUGUCACGAAAAAGUCGAAACUGAUGGCUCGAACUGCAGACGGCAAUAGGUGAUAUCGGAAAUUACUAUUAUGGCCAGGGACAUCCUAUGAAGCCGCACCGCAUAAGGAUGACGCACAAUCUACUUUUAAACUACGGUCUCUACAGGAAGAUGGAGAUAUACCGGCCUCAUAAAGCCACGGCGGACGAGAUGACGAAAUUUCACAGCGACGAGUACAUUAGAUUUCUGAGGUCUAUAAGGCCAGAUAAUAUGUCGGAAUACAACAAGCAGAUGCAACGAUUUAAUGUAGGAGAAGACUGCCCCGUUUUCGACGGUUUGUACGAGUUUUGCCAAUUGUCAGCCGGCGGGUCCGUAGCCGCCGCCGUGAAGCUCAACAAGCAAGCUUCUGAAAUCUGCAUCAACUGGGGCGGCGGUUUGCAUCACGCGAAGAAGAGCGAGGCCUCCGGCUUUUGCUACGUGAACGAUAUUGUGCUUGGAAUACUGGAAUUGCUGAAGUAUCACCAGAGAGUCCUGUAUAUCGAUAUCGAUGUUCAUCACGGCGAUGGAGUAGAAGAAGCUUUUUAUACGACUGAUAGAGUAAUGACAGUUUCGUUCCACAAAUAUGGCGAAUAUUUUCCCGGAACCGGAGAUCUUCGCGAUAUCGGGGCAGGCAAGGGAAAAUAUUAUGCGGUCAAUAUACCUUUGAGAGAUGGUAUGGACGACGAGAGCUAUGAGUCGAUCUUUGUCCCUAUUAUCUCGAAAGUGAUGGAAACGUUUCAACCCUCUGCUGUCGUUCUACAGUGUGGGGCUGAUUCAUUGACCGGCGAUCGACUGGGAUGUUUCAAUUUAACCGUCAGAGGCCACGGCAAAUGCGUGGAGUUUGUGAAGAAAUAUAAUUUGCCUUUCUUGAUGGUCGGCGGCGGUGGUUACACCAUCAGGAAUGUGUCCAGAUGUUGGACGUACGAAACGUCGGUCGCUCUCGGAUGCGACAUCGCUAACGAGCUUCCGUAUAACGAUUACUUCGAAUACUUCGGCCCCGACUUCAAGUUACAUAUUAGCCCGUCGAACAUGGCGAACCAGAACACCCCUGAAUAUUUGGACAAAAUAAAAACGAGACUGUUUGAAAAUUUGAGAAUGCUACCUCACGCGCCUGGCGUGCAAGUCCAGGCGAUACCAGAGGACGGAGCGGUUAUCGAGGACUCGGAAGCUGAAGAAAAGGUCAAUCCGGACGAUCGAUUGCCGCAACGCGACUUAGAUAAAAGAAUGCAACAUGAAAACGAAUAUAGUGACAGUGAAGAUGAAGGCGAAGGCGGGCGAAGGGACAAUAGAUCCUACAAGGGAUCUAGGAAGCGGCCCCGUUUGGAAAAAGGUCAAGAGGCCAUGGAUACUGAUAUAAAAAAGGAAGAGGAUAUAAAGACGGAACCAAAAGAAAAUGAAAAGGACGAGAAGGUAAACCCCACGAAUGAGGAAACCAAGAAAGACGGCGGGGCGAAUCCCUGAUAGAUGGUUGCCCCGGAGCAUUUUCUCAGAAAAUGGAGAAGCUCUUAUUUAAAUUAAGUAACGAAUAAGUUUAAAUAGCUUAAAUAAUGGCAGCACACAGUGCAUCGGUGUCUGCUGCCUCUACCUCGCGCGCGCCCUAUAAUUUCGAAAUCAUUAUGUUUUUACCCAAAAUUUCUGAAAAAUAUUUAGACGUCUAGAAAUAUCGGAAAAAUUUCAUUUCCUGGAACGUCAUCCUCAUUGAAAUUGACACGUAUGAGCGUGUUAUACGUAGCUUAUAAUAUCCCAGUUUUAAUCAUAGACCGUUAGGAAUUUCGAAGCGUAUCUCUGAGUGUUCCGAAAUGUUUUUUUUUUCCGGAAAAUGUAAUUUUGAAAAUACCGCACAAAGAUAAUUAAAAAUAUAUCCGCGAUCGCGAAACAGCGUUUUGAGCAACUCGUCAGAAUUUUAGAAUCCGACCAUUAAUUGAUUCUUUUUAUACAUAUUCCUUUAUAGCGGUGUCAUUCGUAAACUAAAUUUUUCUGCGAGAGAUCGUUCGCGAGUAGGUCUCGCGACUGUAUAUUUCAGAAUUUUAUAUGAAUACUCCCAAGGAUUUUACAGAGAUGUAUACAAAUAUUCCAAGGAUGGGUUACAUAAAAAUAUUAACGAUCGACUUAAGAAUUAUAUCACCCAGACGCUGCAAUCAAACUCAUAUGAUAUAUACAAGAACGAUACAUAUGUAAACGUAAAUGUACACGUCGGCCGCAUGCAUUUUGUUUGCGCGAUCGGUGUGUAAUUUCGUACGUCUUCUCACCCACUCGCGGCUAAUUGAAUCACUCGAUAGAGACUAGUACACCGUUUAUACUAAGGAAAGGGGCUAGAACUGUCUUUUAAAUCAAUUGCUCUUGGAUAAAAUCAUGUGUUGACGAAUUUGUUCGCUUCCUAUUGUACAUAAUACGCAAAUUAAUCUUGAAGGAAAUUAAUCCUUGCAUGCAAUAACACUAUACUGUAAUCAUAACGAUGUUCUUUAUGAAAGUGUAAAAAUAUGUCUUACAUUACUCGAAAGAUUAGCGAAUGUUCCUUUGGCUGCCCCUCUGGGUUUUAUCUGGCGAAUUGAGUAUUAUUAACUUGUAACACAGUUCAGAGAGCGAAAGCUACAGGACAUAUUAGAGUAGCUUGACAAUUGAGAAGCUUUAGAAAGUUACAAGUUAAUUUCUCGCAUCUUAACUAGAUAAAUUGAAGAGGAAUCUGAGAAAGGAAUGGAGAUACAUCCUUCUGAUAUUUUUGAGUAAUGUACGAAGAGAGAGAAACAAAAUGAGGUCGGAAAGUGCGGUGGAGCUUAGGGCAGUUGAGGAAUCAUAUAAUCAAUUUCAAAUGUAAUUGUAGAAUCUUAAACGUAUACUAGGCAAGAUUUAUCUCAAUUUAUAUAUAGGUAUAUAAAAAAGAGAUGUGGAAAAAUUGAUUCGUGGCAUCCAUACCUGAUCUCCGUAACAAAAAAAUUCAAGAUUUCAUUCCGAAGAUCGAACGUGUCGAUCUUGACGCAGCAAAAUAUUUAUUGUAAAAUCUGUCUUCAGGCUACGUUCUCACAUAUUUCCAUAUUUUCAUGCGAGAGCAAUAAUUAUGCAACCUUAUGUACAUAAAAUUUGUUUUUUUUUUUCUUUGCGAUGCCAGAACUCGAUCAAGGCCCAGCGUGUCCAUUUUUAUCUGUAACAAUCUAAUAUAUUGCGAUUAAUCAGCGUAACACAAACUAAAAAAAAGGAUAAAUCGCGUUAUGUCUCGUAAGUCAAUUCGAGAUAUAGAUCAAGUAUUAGAUAUUUAUGUCCACGCAUAAGAGUACACACAUAUGGACGUUUUUAAAUAUUUAUAAUAAAAAAAAAUAAAGAAAUCUAUAUAUGUA